UGUUUGUAUUAGGGUGCCGCUGCGGCUGCUCUCUUUCGUCCCACAAUGGCGGCUGCGACGCUCCGCUCCGUGCUCCGCCGCAAUAGCCUCCUGCCCUUGUUCGACACCCACCGCCUCCGAGAUCUCCUCUUCUUCUCCUCCUCUGUCGACCCUACGGCCGCCGUAGGCGGCACCAUAUCUCCAGAUCCCCACUUCAUGGUGAAAUACCUCGUGAACUCCUGCGGGUUCUCCCCCUCCGAGGCAGCCAAGUUCUCUAAACCUCUUUCGCACCUCCGAUCCACCGAGAAACCCGACGCCGUCCUUAACUUCAUGAGAUCUCAGGGCCUCGGUGGCGCCGUUAUCAGGAAGAUGAUAUCUUGGGAACCCAAUUACCUGUGCUACAACGUGGAGACGAACAUCGCCCCGAAGUUUCAGUUCUUACGCGAUUUGGGCCUAUCGGAGUCGGAUAUCGUCGAUGCCAUCCUGAAGAACCAUGGCAUCCUCCUCUUCAACGUUCAGCGUUCCAUCGUCCCCAAAUUGGAGAUGUGGGAAACUCUCUUGGGAUCGAGAGAGCUCGUUCUCAAGCAUCUCAAGAAGACAACGCGGUUUUUCCACUCCAGCGUUGAGAAGACAUUGCAUCCUAACCUAAAGUUCUUGAGGGAUGAGUGCGGCAUUCCUGAAGAAAGGGUCUCUGUCGUCUUGAGAAGUCACCCAAAAUUAAUCUCACAGAAACCAGAGUCUCUCCGAGCUUUGGUGGCGAGAGCCGAUGAGCUGGGGAUGCCACGGCAAUCUCGGAUGUUCAUGUGGACAGUUAAUAUUCUCCAUAGGGUAAGCAAAGAAAGGUUCGAGGCCAAGGUCGAGUUCAUGAGGAGGUUCGGGUGGUCGGAGUCGGAGUUUUCUUCUGCUGUCAGGAAAGCACCCAACUUCAUAGGCAUGUCCCUCGAUAUGUUGCGCAGAAAAGUGGAAUUUUUUAUCAAUGUGGUCGGUUACACCCCUUCCUUCAUCGCCGACAAACCAAAUCUCUUGCUAUUUAGUCUGCAGAAGAGGGUAAUUCCUCGGUUUCGUGUCACAGAGAUGUUGAAAUCGAAGGGAUUGUGGACUGGACAAGGCAAGUUUACAUGCAUUCUCACAUUAUCAGAUACCAAAUUCAUUGACAAGUUUGUUCUCCCUCACAAAGAAAGCUUGAUAUUUUGGGAGUUGCGGGCGUGUGUAAAGGAAAAUGAUACCUUUCAUUUGGUAUCGGAGGCUGAGAAAGGGCUUAGCUGAUGGUCUAAUUUGUCCACGACAAAAGGGACAUUUGGCUUUUGUCCAAAUUAAUUCCAAUUCCGGAUGGGAUUUUGGUUGUUGGGUAAGUCUCAAAGAGUCAUAUUUUAGAUCAAGUUAUGCAGCAAGUAUAUACAAAAUAUCACCAAAGAUCACAGGAAGUUGCUGAGUAGUAGUUGCUCUGACGAUUUAAGUGGCUGAAAAAAUCAUAGAACAGUAAAGAGUUGUUUCUGUAAUUUGUUUUGAAAUGAGUCGUCACCCGAUUUAUGGAUUUGGAUA